CAUUAUAGAUCUACACUAGAAGUCUUUCGUCUAGAGCCCACGCAGUUUAAUAAAAAACUUGAUGAACUGGUAACCUUCUUGGCUCAGAUGUGAUACAGAGUAUAAGCAAUUAAAAUUCUCAACAUUGAAUACAUUUCAAGUUGUUUGGAUAAUUUUUAGUUAUAUAACAUGGAACGGUAUUUAGAAGCGACAAAGAACAGUAUUUUAUGCCGAGAUAAAGUCAUAACACAGCUGUAUUCUUUGAUUGGCGAGGCAAACGAACCAAUGCCGGAGUGUAUAUUUUUGUACGGUCACAUGGCCACUGGAAAGUCGUUGAUUGUGCAAAGUUUGCUUAAAUAUUUGAAGUACAAUGUCAGUUUUGUCAAUUGUAUAGAGCAUUUGGGCAGCAAGCAUGUGUACAAUUACAUACUGCACGAUCUAACGGCAUUCAAAACAAAGAAAUCCAGCAAUGACGUACCACUGAAUUAUAACUGUGACAAUAUUAUGGACUUCAUACUUGCGCUAAGAAAUAUUUGUCUCGACGAUAAACGUCCGAUUGUAUUAGUGUUCGAUAAGUGUCAUAAGUUAAGGCAUUUCGAUGUGACUUUUCUAUCGGCGUUUUCGAAGCUCAGAGAGUUAUCUGGUAUCAAUGUAUGUACUGUUUUUAUAAGCGAAAUCGCGUGGGACAAAUUUAACACCAAGAUAGGCACAUUGCGGCCCGUAAAGAUCUACUUUCCGCAGUACACGAAGGACGAAAUGACUAAAUUGUUACUGCUGGACAAACCGGCCAAGUACAAUGCGGAAUUUUACAAGACCUAUCUUAAUUGGUUUCUUUCUGUGUUUUUUCGAUUUUGUCGGGAUUUAAAUGAGCUUCGGCACAUGGCCGGAAUAAAUUUUGUCAAGUGCAUAGAGCCCGUAGAAAGUAAGCGAAUUGAUCAAAAUAACGUUUCCGCGCUAUGGCGAAAUAUUUCCGCCACGCUGAAAUCCAAUCUGGAAGUGAUUUAUUUGCGAGUUUCCACGGACGACUUCUCGCAGGAAACGGAUCAUAAAAUGUCUCGGGAGAUCGAGUCGACGACGAAGUUGGCUCUGAGCUUCGAAUUGCCAUUUUACGCGAAGUUUAUGCUUAUCGCGGCGUAUUUGGCUUCGUCCAUUCCGAUAAAGUACGAUAAACAUAUCUUUAUGAAACAGAACAGUAAAAGAAGAAAGAGAAAGCAGAUUAAAAGAAAGACAGAAGAGAUGAAUUCGCAGAGAAAACCUCGAGUUUUCGGUAUUUCGAGGAUGCUCGCGAUCUUCUGCGCCAUACUUAACGAAAAAGUGGACAUAAAUGCUAAUCUGCUUGCGCAGAUAUCUACUUUGUGCGAACUCGGUUUAUUGAGCGUCGUCGGCGAUAACGUCCUGCAAUUGGACGAGCCGAAGUUUAAGUGUUGCGCGAGCCAAGACUUCGUUACGGUCGUGGCUAAGACAGUUGGCCUCAAUAUUAACCAUUAUUUGAGCAUAAAUUAAAUACAUUUGCUAUAUAAAUUAUACAAAAACAUUUUAUUUUUGAUAAUAUUUAUCCGUCUGUGUACGUUUUAAACAGUUCGAGCUAAGAUGUAUCGUUAAGACUUUAAGUGUAGAAAAUAAUCUCUUCUUGAAUAUUUAUAUUUAUUUACAAUACA